AUGGUAAAAGAACCUACCCCAGCCGGCCACACUACCAUGGGAAAGGAACCGACCACAGCUGGUCAUCAUGCUACCAUGGGAAAGGAACCUACCCCAGCCGGCCACACUACCAUGAGAAAGGAAACUACCCCAUCUGGCCAUACUACCAUGGGAAAGGAACCUACCCCAGCCGGCCACACUACCAUGGGAAAGGAAUCUACCCCAGCUAGUCAUACUACCAUGGGAAAGAAAUCUACCCUAGCUGCCGAGUGUCUGCACCCUCUUGGCAUGGAGGAUGGGACCAUCCCCGAUGAUCGCAUCACGGCGUCCUCGAAACUGACCCCAGCAUUCCCUGCCAGCAUGGCACGCCUGAACCAGGCCGACUUUGCAUGGCUACCCGAUGUCAACGCCAAUUCCUGGAUCGAGGUGGACUUCGGUGAGUGUAGAAAUGUGUCUGGUAUCACCACCCAAGGCUGGCAGUUAGAAAGUGAAACCAGGUGGACGACAAACUACAAAGUGAAGUAUCAGGAGAAGGCUUCGAGUAACUAUGAAUACGUGAAACAUGGAAACGGAUACGCCGUGGAGUUCGUCGGUAAUACAGAUGGCACCAGCCCGGUCACUAACAUGUUCGAUGGGAGUGUGGUGGCAACGUUAGUGCGCAUUGAGCCUACCCAAUGGAAUUAUGGGGUUGCUCUGCGGUUGGAGCUUCUUGGAUGUCACCGUGAUUAA